GCGUGGUCAUUUAAACAUGGCGGAGCACUUAGCGGCACGCUUGGCCGCACAGGAGGAGCAAAUUCAAGACCUAACUCGGGAAAUAACAACUCUUCGUGAUGAUUUAUGCCGAGGUUUUUGUGCCGAUGGGAUAAAUUUCGCUACACCCGAGCUAGAGACCCUGCGGACAGAGAACGAAAAGCUUAAAUACCGGCUCGUGCACCUCCGCCGCGGUCUGCAAGCGGAGCUACAGCUGGAGCAGUGUGUCAAACAGCAAGAGGGAAAGUGUGACAAAAGCCAUGACAAAGCAAGCAGUAAGGAGCAGAGAAAGAACCAACACCCCUGUCUCACAUCAACAAUUAAAAAGGAGAUCUCAACAGGGGAGAGAAAACCAAAUGGUACUAAUAAGGAUAAAAAGAAAGAAGAAAAAGGGACUGGCGAUAGUGGUGUGAAAGAGCUUAAGCCAUGGCCUGUGUACAUUAAUGAUCGCCUCAGCCUUUAUGAAGAACUUAAGAAGGAGAGUGAUGCUUUACUAGCUCUGAAAGCUGUAGAAAACAAGCCCAUCACAGUGGUGUUUCCAGAUGGCCGGAAACUUUUCGGCAAAGCAUGGGUCACCACUCCCUAUCAGCUAGCUUCUGAAAUCAGCCAGGGUCUGGCUGAUAAUGCUGUCAUUUCUCGAGUGAAUGGUGAGCUUUGGGACUUGGACCGACCUCUGGAACAGGACUGCUCUCUUGAGAUCCUACGCUUUGACAAUGAAGAUGCUCAGGCAGUUUACUGGCACUCAAGUGCACAUAUCCUAGGAGAGGCAAUGGAACGCUUUUAUGGAGGCUGUUUAUGCUAUGGACCCCCUAUUGAAAAUGGUUUUUACUAUGACAUGUAUCUGGAUGGACAAAAGGGAGUGUCAAGUACUGAGUUUGGGGACCUGGAAACAUUGUGCAAGUCUGUGAUGAAGGAAAAGCAGCCAUUUGAAAGGUUAGAAGUCAGCAAAGAGACCCUUCUGAAAAUGUUCCAGUACAACAAAUUUAAGGCUCGGAUUCUGAAUGAGAAAGUAACCACUCCAACAACUACAGUAUACAGAUGUGGACCCUUGAUUGACCUAUGUAGAGGUCCUCAUGUUAGACACACAGGCAAGAUCAAAGCGAUGAAAAUUUAUAAGAAUUCUUCAACAUAUUGGGAAGGUCGUUCAGACAUGGAAACACUACAGAGGAUCUAUGGGAUUUCUUUCCCCGACUCAAAAAUGUUGAAAGAGUGGGAGCGAUUUCAAGAGGAGGCCAAGAAUAGAGACCAUCGCAAGAUUGGCAAAGACCAAGAACUUUUCUUCUUUCAUGAUCUCAGCCCCGGUAGUUGCUUCUUCAUGCCCCGUGGCGCGUACAUCUACAAUACUCUAAUUGACUUCAUCAGGAGUGAGUACUGGCGAAGAGGCUUUCACGAGGUAGCUUCCCCCAACAUAUACAACAGCAAACUCUGGGAGACAUCUGGUCACUGGCAGCAUUACAGUGAAAACAUGUUUUCUUUCCCUGUGGAAGAAGAGGUUUUUGCACUUAAGCCAAUGAACUGCCCAGGACACUGCCUCAUGUUUGGCCACAGACCCCGCUCAUGGAGAGAACUUCCGCUAAGAUUGGCAGACUUUGGAGUUCUUCACAGAAAUGAACUCUCUGGAGCUCUGACUGGACUGACCAGAGUACGGCGAUUCCAGCAGGACGAUGCUCACAUUUUCUGUACAAUGGAACAGAUUGAGGCAGAAAUGAAGGAGUGCUUGGACUUCCUUCGCUGUGUAUAUGCAGUGUUUGGGUUCUCCUUCCAGCUGAACCUUUCCACUCGUCCAGAAAAGUAUCUGGGUGACAUUUCUGUGUGGAACCAAGCAGAGAAGCAACUGGAGAACAGCCUGAAUGAGUUUGGGGAGCCAUGGAAACUUAAUCCUGGAGAUGGUGCUUUUUAUGGCCCCAAGAUUGAUAUCAAAAUCAAAGAUGCAAUUGGACGCUAUCAUCAGUGUGCAACCAUUCAAUUGGACUUUCAGCUGCCUAUUCGCUUCAAUCUGACCUUUGUUGGAAAGGAUGGAGAUGACAAAGUCAGACCAGUCAUCAUUCAUCGGGCCAUUCUGGGUUCUGUUGAGAGGAUGAUAGCCAUUUUAACAGAGAAUUAUGCAGGAAAGUGGCCAUUGUGGCUUUCUCCUCGUCAGGUGAUGUUGGUACCUGUUAAUCCAUCAUUGGAGGAUUAUGCGAAAAGGGUGUGUAAGCAGUUCACAUAUGCUGGGUUCAAUGCUGAUGCUGAUUUGGAUUCUAGUUGCCUUUUGAACAAGAAAAUACGUAAUGCUCAGUUGGCCCAAUAUAACUUCAUCCUUGUGGUUGGAGAGAAGGAGAAGAUGACUAACGGUGUCAAUGUGCGCACAAGAGACAACAAAGUUCAUGGAGAGAUGUCAGUGGCUGAGGUUCUGGCUCGUUUGACCUUGCUCAAGCAGUCCCGCUGUCAAAAUGCAGAGGAGGAAUUUUGAUAGUUAUUAAAACAUAAACAGAAAUUAAGUCAUUUGGAUCGAGAUGUUACUAAAGCAAUGAGUUCAUGAAAAGGAAGGAUGUUCUAAGUUGGUGUACGUUGAUACUGAAUAAUUGUGUAAGAGAAUUGCCUACACAAUCCAUUGUUGCGUGGAAGGAAGUAUGCAAAUGGAACAAGUUUGUGUAUUGUCAAAAAUAAAGAGUGACUGAAUAAAUGGCCUUUAAAUCUG